AUGGCCCGUCUUGCGGUAAAAAGCAAGUAUAAUGCCGAAUUCCGGCGUUUUCGUCUUGACCGCUCGCAUUUACAGUGUUUCGAGGAUUUAUAUCACGCUGUAGAAAAGGCGCAUUCUCUUCAAAAUGUGAGUUUUAUUCUUCAGUAUGUUGAUCCAAAAGAGAGUACCCUUCUUCCUAUUAACAAUGAUAAGAACUUUGAACGCGCCUUAUAUGUCGCUUCUGAUUUACUCAGACUUCUUAUCCAGCUUAAAGGUGAAUCCUACGGAGAAAUUAAGGGAUAUAGAUCUUCUAGUACUGUAUUUUUGCGAAAGAAACCCGCAGAACUUGUUCGAUCGUUGGGAUCGGAGAAGAUUAAGCCUGGUCAUCAAUCUAUCAUACUUUGUGAUGACUUCCACAAAAUUUCUUCAAUUAUCGAUGAUGGGACGGUUCCAGAAUGUAUGAGAAGAGUGAGGUUGAUCAGAACAGGAUCUAAACCCUUGGGAUUCUAUAUUCGUGAUGGAUUUAGCAUGCGUGCAACGCCAAAUGGUGUUCAACGUGUUCCUGGAAUAUUUAUCUCUCGUCUUCUCCCAGGUGGUCUUGCUGAAUCAACUGGUCUCUUAGCCGUCAAGGACGAAGUUAUCGAAGUUAAUGGGAUUGAAGUUUAUGGCAAAACCCUUGACCAAGUUACCGACAUGAUGGUUGCGAAUAGCUCGAAUCUUAUAAUCACAGUGAAGCCCUUUAAUCAAAAAUCUGUUAUCCGAAGGUCAAAGUUCAUGGCUCCUCUCCCGUCGGGUUCGAGUCUGGGAACAAAUGGAGGAGGAACUGCGUCACCAAGUGUACAUUCCUCUCAAUCCUCAGGUCGAAGACAACCUCCUCAUCCUCCAAUAGAGUCACCCAAAAACGUCCCUGAAGUACCUGGAACUAUUGAUAUCUAA